GUGUAUUUGGAUACAAAGUCAGCCUCAGGAGCUGACAGCCCGGUCCAUGGAAUAGAUCGUCUUUCUCACAGAUAAAGGAAGCGGUGGUAGAAACAAUUCGAUUGAGAUGGACGACGGACAGACUAUCUGACCCAGCUGGGAGAAAGAUUAAAAGAGCAUCCUUCAGUGGAAUUCGAUGAUGUGUAGGGAAUAUUUCAGCAUUAUGAUACGCCCAUGCGACGAGCUGUAUGGAUGUUGUGAUGUACAGUGAACGAUCCAAGCAACCACAAACAUACAUCUGAAUUCAGAAAACUGGUUGUUUGGGCUGGAAGGGCGCAUGGAUACUUUCUCACUGAUCUCUGGAUUACAAGAAAUAUUGUGGAAGAAUCUAGAAAGGAACUAGGUGGCUAUUAUUAUUGUUGUUAUUAUUAUUAUUGUAAAGAUGGUGGACGCAUUUUGUGUUGGCUUUUAUUUGGGCAACAUAAACGCAUUCUUGAGAAUUUCGUCGCCUAAUCGCUACGACCUGGAUAAAAGUCAUCUUUAUGCAAGCCAUCCGCAUCACUCUCAUUCUUCAUAGAAUGAUCUCAAUUAUCGCUGUAUCAUAAUAAUAAUCCAAUACCAAGCCGAAGUUCUGCUUAAGCUUGUCAUACAUUUCAAUUUAUGUACGCAACUGACAUGAAUCAACUGCUCGAUGACAAUAAAAAUAUCUACUGUUAAAAUGACAAUCAUGGAAAAUGAGGACGAAAUGAUCGAAAUAAGCACUUGCACAUGCGCUUCAUAGAAAUAACCCAAACUGACAGUCGCUUUUGUUUAUGACUUGGAUUAAAUUGCAAACAGUAGACGUGUAGUAGCUAUAGCAACGUUUAUUGGUUAAAUAUUAAUAUGCAUUUCCAAAUAUUCAAAACGCUAAAUGGCUAGAAUACAUUAUGUAUGUCGACUAAAGCUAAUGACAAGCACGGCUCUGCCAUCUCUCUGUUGUGAUUCUCAUCUUAAAAUGGACGCGCGCUUUCCUUAAAGGCUAUUUAGAGAUUUUAACUCUCUUAUAGCGUUCGCGAUGUACCGGAUUUGCACGAGACAAGAGAAACGUGAAGUGAAUAUUACGAAUGUGCAAAUAAUUGUGGAUGUUUUGAGAUCGCGAGCUGGCGCAUCCCUGUGAGCCUAUCAGAGCUGAAUGUCCGAAGAUGCCUUAAGCCUGCGCAUGCAUGUGUUUAAGGCUAUGAAUAUUCAUUAACAUCCAUUGCAAAGAGCAACAUCGAUGUACAUUUACAAAGAUGAGAGUUUUACAUGGAUCGGAUUUACAUAGAUUAGAGGUUAGGACAACAUUCCAGUGCAAGCUAUUUAGAUGGAAUUUAACCCCUACUAGAUCAUGAUAUGUGAUGUAGGGCAAAUUAUCAGAAGACCCAUCUAGUUAUUGUUUUAUCCUUUAGUAGCUAAUAUUCUUUUAGUUAAGGAUUCUGCUGUUACAAGGAGAGUCUCCAAGGCCUUCAAUGAUUCUUCUAAUGGAAAAGCCCAAUGCUGUCUAUCAAGGAACCAAAAAGAAUACAUUCUCACGUCUUGAUGGACUGGGUAUUCUCACCUAAUCUCAAAGACUUUGGAUCUCAUGUUUCUCUAGGAAAAACUUGUAUUGCUCUUAUUCAGAAUCUUCAUCCUAGUCAUAUUAGAGCUGUAAGCACACACUGACUGACUACAAUGGCUCUAUAAAUGUUAAGACACACGCAAAGUGUGCUGUGGACAAUCCAAGUAACCGGUGAGGACAUUGAAGGGGCAGCCCAGCAGAAGCUUUACUCGUUGAUUUCUUCCCUCAUUGAGAAGGCCUGCACUCAGUAGAUGGGCUCUGCAUGGAUAUUGUGCGCAAGUUGACAGAGGGCCUCCUCCAGCUUUUGAGACCUCAUCGCUGACCUGUGCACUCAGUGAUGGACCCAUAUACGAGACUGAGUGGAGUAGGAGCUGGAGGUGGUGGCAGUGCUGCCCCACUACCUUGCACCAACAUUGGAGGUUCCUGUGGACCCCCAGUUCCCCCUGUCCUCCCAACAAGUGCAAAUUCAAUACCCUGCUUGACACACAACAGCAGCAGCCGGAACUCCUCUACUCUUCUAUCCUCAGUGGGUUCCCCAGAUUCCCAUCUUCCCCAUCAUCAUGAAGGCAUUAACACAUACUGGACAGCUGUCUUUGAUUAUGAGGCUACAGCGGACGAGGAGCUGACCUUGCGACGUGGUGACCUAUUGGAGGUGCUCUCCAAGGACUCCAAAGUGUCUGGAGAUGAGGGCUGGUGGACUGGAAAGAUCCAGGACAAGGUGGGCAUAUUCCCUAGUAAUUAUGUGACCCGACGGGACGCCAGCUAUCCAGCGUUGCCUCCGGGAGGUCUGGUCGGUGGGGAGUCACCACUAGAGAUUGAUUUCUCAGAGCUGUGCUUGGAGGAAGUGAUCGGUGCCGGCGGCUUUGGAAAGGUGUAUAGGGGUGUGUGGCGAGAUGAGGAAGUGGCUGUUAAAGCGGCUCGUCAGGACCCAGAUGAGGACAUUAGUGCCACAGCAGAGAACGUGAGGCAGGAGGCCAGACUCUUCUGGAUGCUCCGACAUCGCAACAUCAUCGCUCUCCGAGGUGUUUGCCUGCGGGAGCCAAAUCUUUGCCUGGUUAUGGAAUAUGCCCGUGGUGGAGCACUUAACCGGGCACUUGCUGGGAAAAAGGUGCCUCCUCGGGUACUGGUGAACUGGGCAGUGCAGGUUGCGACUGGAAUGGACUACUUGCACAACCAGACUUUUGUGCCAAUCAUCCAUCGAGACCUCAAAUCCAGUAACAUUCUGAUUCUGGAGCCCGUGGAGAGAGACGACCUGAGUGGAAAGACUCUGAAGAUCACAGACUUUGGGCUUGCUCGGGAAUGGCAUCGCACCACAAAGAUGAGCGCGGCGGGCACGUAUGCCUGGAUGGCUCCAGAGGUCAUCAAGCUGUCCCUGUUCUCAAAAAGCAGCGAUGUAUGGAGUUUUGGAGUGUUACUCUGGGAGCUGCUGACUGGUGAGGUGCCGUACCGUGAAAUUGAUGCUUUGGCUGUGGCCUACGGAGUUGCCAUGAACAAGCUGACCCUUCCCAUCCCCUCCACCUGCCCCGAGGCCUUUGCACAGCUGCUGGGAGAGUGUUGGUGUCCUAACCCACAUGGGCGUCCAUCUUUUGGGAGUAUCCUGAAGAGACUGGUGGACAUUGAGCAAUCAGCCAUGUUCCAGAUGCCCUUGGAGUCUUUCCAUUCCCUGCAGGAAGACUGGAGGCUGGAGAUCCAGCAGAUGUUUGAUGAACUACGAGCAAAGGAGAAGGAGUUGCGAUCCUGGGAGGAAGCUCUGGCACGGGCAGCUGAGGAGCAGAGGGAACAAGAGGAGCAUCUGAGGAGGCGCGAGCAGGAGUUAGCCGAGCGGGAGAUCGACAUUGUGGAGAGAGAGCUCAACAUCAUCAUCCAUCAGAUGUAUCAAGAGAAACCACAUGUUAAAAAACGCAAAGGCCACUUCAAAAAGAGCAGACUACUCAAACUCGGCAGGGACAGCAACUGCAUCAGUCUGCCAUCUGGUUUCGAGCAUAAGAUCACAGUGCAAGCGUCACCCAGCGUGGACAAGAGGAAAAGUCAGGGUAGCGAAAGCACCACUCCUCCAGCCAGCCCAGGGGUCAUUCCUCGCCUCAGAGCUAUACGCCUGACACCCAGUGAUGGGAGGAAGACGUGGGGCCGGACGGCUGUGUGUAAGAAAGAGGACCUAGGGACCAAGAAGAAGGGCCGAACAUGGGGGCCCAGCUCCACACAUCAGCGUGAGAGAGUCGGGGGCGAGGACAGGUUAAAAUCACUCGGGGAGGGCAAGGUCUGGUCCUCCAGCGCCCCAAAUCUGGGGAAGUCUCCUAAACAUGCUCCUAUAACAGCUGGAUUCUCAAGUCUAAAUGAAAUGGAGGAGCAUUGUGAGUUUGAUGACAGUUCACCAGGACGUCCGGCUCCUGACCUGGGCAGUAAUGGAGCGAUGGAGGAGGUGGGCUCAGGAUCAGCGGGUACAGGGCCGGGAACAGGUUCACAGGACACAAUUCGACGCUGCAGCCAGAGGAAGAAGAGUGACCUGCUGCUGCUGGGCUGUGCCUCCAUACUGGCUGCUGUGGGUCUCGGUUCUGACAUCCUCCAGCUGGGACGACAACAGAUGAGUCAAGACGAACAGGACCCGCGAGAGGAGCAGAGGAAGAAGAAAGAGGGCCUGUUCCAGCGCACGGGUCGAUUCAGACGCAGCACCUCUCCACCCAGCCGUACACUGUCACUCUCCCUGUCCCACAACCGGCAUCACGACUCCACCCUGCCCAGCAUGGACCCGUCUCCCUCCGUUACGCUCCUCUCCCUUUCCUCUCUCUCCGACUGCAACUCCACCAAGUCCCUGUUGCCGUCUGAUCCUGAUGACCUUGCCCCGACCCCUAGUAGUGCUCAUCCGGUGGUCUCUCCUGCGCCGUCAUUAAACCCUCUGCUGGACCUGAGGGCAGAGAGCUUCAAACGAGAGCCCAAUCAGUCGCUCACACCCACCCACGUCUCUGCAGCAAUGGCAUUAAACCGUGGGCACCGCCGCACACCCUCUGAUGGGGCCAUUCGUCCACGAGCGCAGACGGUCGUGGGGCAUCGUCGCACCCCUUCUGAUGGGAGUAUGCCCUUCCCCCCCGCACCAGCCCCGACCAUCACAUCAUAUACAGGUUCUCGUGAAACUCUUGACAUUCCACGCCUACCUGACCCGUCUACGGUCUUCCCCUCAGUCCAUCGGCGCAAACCCCCUCCUCCAAUACCCGUGCCAGAACCGGACAGCCAUACGGGCACUCUCGAGCGUCCCAAAACCCUCGAGUUCGCACCCCGCCCCCGCCCCACCCCAGCUCGGGCACGUCCAGACCCGUGGAAACUAUCAUCUCUGUCACAGACGCUCAGUUCAUCUCCAGGUAGCAGCUGUGACAGUCCGCUGGGCUCGGGUGACAGCGGAGUGAGCGCCGGGGUGAGUGCCGCCCAUCAAAGCCUUCUCGACAUGGACAUGGAGGGCCAGAGCCAGGACAGCACCAUUCCCCUGUGUGAACACCCGCAAGACACUCUCUGCGGUCAAAAUUUCUCAUAGAAAGACAGAAGCCCCACCGCCUGGGCCGAUGCACGCUCAACCAGCACUCUGUGGCCGUCCUAAGAGGUUUCCCCACAGUUUGCCCUGUGAUCCCAUCAGAUCCCACACUCUCUGGCAGCUCUAAUGGAAAAGCUGCCCUCUGCAGUAGCUAGACAGAUGCCUUCUGGACAGGUUAAGCGAUAAAUGACCUCGAUCGGUUUAUUUCAGAGUGUCUGCAAUGACUCAUUGUCUCCGAGUUUAAUGGGCCUCAUAACAGCCGAGGUCGGUUGGUUAAGUGGCGUCCGAUUGUGAGAAGCUUUAUCACAAAUGGAGCAGGAGAGGGCAGUCUAACUACUGUAGGUCUGUGACCUUCCUUGUUUUGUUCAUAUCUCUGUUAUCAUAGCGCCUCUUCCUCAUCAUGGUCUCCGUGGACAUAACCUGCUUUUUGGCCAGAAAAAUGACAAGUUCCCUCCAGUGUGUACAUUGUAAAGUUCAGUGAUGCUUUCUGUAAUUAUAAUCAGGAGAGUCGUGUAUGCAAUUAAUUGCAGUGACACAGGGAGCUCUUUUACGAGUUGCAUACAUUGUAAUAUACUGAUAUAAAAAUAGGUGUACUAUAAGAAUUUUAUAUUUUUCUUUUUUGGAAAAAACUAAUUAGGACUCUCUGCACGACCUAAUCAGAAUGUGAGAGCAGUCCAAAUGUGAAAUUAAACAUGAGCAGACGCUUUCUCUCCAUGUGUGGAGGUACUUUUCAAGAAUAGGGUACAAUUUGUAGUUUUUUAAGCAUUAAGGCCCGUUCACACCAAGAACGAUAACUAUAAAGAUAACAAUAAAGCUCUAAAAAUCGUUCUAAAUAUAAAAGAAUAGCACUGUCCACACCACAGAUAUAACGAUAACGAUAUAGAGAAACGAUAUUGUUGGAAUCGCUUUUUUUCCGGCCGUUGAACGAUAAAACACCGACAGCCAAUCAGAAUCCAUUCUAAUUUAAGGGCUCGCGCAUUUAAAAUGGCGGACGACAUUGCUAGGCAGUUAAUCGCCGAGGUCCAGAAAAAGCCACCGCUGUUUGACAAGUCAAAAAUGAGAUCAUAAUAUGCCAGGCUAGCAAACAGUGUAAUAUAAAAUUACCUCAGGUAUCCAGCGCUAGUUUCGACAACAUUUGCUGUGUCUCAUUUCGAAGGCUCAUUGUCUUGCUUCCUUUGAAGACUAGCCGUUGUUUUUAUUCCACUAUAUUGACUUCGUCAGUUAAAUUCACUGUUAGAUUAGAUCUGCUGGUUAAAGCCGUGUAAAUGCAACAAGAGCAGCAAAAACAUGUACACACUUUGAAACCGCAGCAUGUGAGCUUAGAUAAACAGACCGUUAUCAUUCGUUGGUGUGAACGCAAAAAUAGUUAUCGUUCUUGGUGUAAACGGGACUUUAGAUGCAUAAAUGACAUGUUUUGUUGAACCAAUCAUGAAGAGCAGGUCGUUUUAAAAAAACAUCAAAUGUUUGUAUUCCCCUUAAAAUGGGAAUUUUGACCUGUCCCACCUUAGAAGCCUUGAACUAUCCAACAAACAUAAUGAUACAAAUACUGUUCAAUUUAAAUUGAAUUUAUUGUUGUUUAUUAAUACGUUUCAAUAAGCAAAAAUAGUCUUAUUUACCUUUGCAUGAAUUUCCUCCCAAUACAAAAUAUUGAACAUUUGAAGUCAUUUCAAUGCUUUCUACAGCAUAACAAGAAGCUCAACUUUUAACUGUUACCAGAAAAAAUUUUCUAAAAAGUCUCUAAUUUAUGGGAAAUAAAUAGGUUAAUUGAUAACUACAACUCAACAUAGCUCCUACUGACAGCUUAAUUUAUUGUAAAUUUGCAACCCUGUUACUUGCAACCAUUUUUCCUUAUUUAUUUGAUAAAUUUUGUCUAUUUAUUUUAUGUUUAUUGCAAGAAAAUAACUAAAUCAAAUGAACCAGGGUUUUAAACUGUAUUUAUUGAUCCCAAACAAUUCUACACUAGUGUUCAAAAGAUGGGCAUAAAGAUUUUUAAUAUUUUUCUUCCAUUCACCAAGGCUGCAUUCAUUUGAUCAAAAAUACUAUAAAAUAUGAACUAUUUUUAGUUCUAAAAUAACUGUUUUUUAUUUGAAUAAAGGUCAUUUUUGAUGCAAAGCUGAAUUGUCAGCAUCAUUACUCCAGUUUCAGUGUCACAUGAUCCUUCAGAAAUCAUUCUAAUAUGCUGAUUUGCUGCUCAAGAAACAUUUAUUAUUAUUAUGAAUGUUGAAAACUGCUUAAUCUUUUAGUGUUUUUUGUUUCAGGAUUUUUUAAUGAAUAAAAAAGCAUUUAUGAAAAUUAUUUCUUUUAAUUUUUUGUAACAACAUACAAGUUUUUACUGUCCCUUUAACAACAACAACAAAAAUCUUACUGACCCCAAAACUUUUGAACAGUAGUGUAUAUGCCCCAAAAUUUGGUAACAGAGUUGCAAAUCUUACAGAAAAAUGAAUAAAACUCAGCUGAUGAUUCAAAAAAAUUUGAAGAUCAAGCUUUUGUACCGUAUUGUGGAAAGUGCCUCCUACUGUGUCUGACUAUAACUGGAUGAGUAAACCCCUUCUCUGCUCAUUUAUUCUCUUCUAGAGUGUUUCCAGUGAACAACAUUUCCUUCCCCUCUCGUCAUAAAAUCACCUGAAAAGCCUCGACACAAUGUCAGCUCCUCUGAGGAGCCUUUUGAGGAGAGGGUUUUUGUAAUUGGCAAUAAAAAGCAAACAUGUACUACCUGUUUUUUAUGAUUGUGUUCCAGACAGAGUUCCUUACCUCCUUAAGUGAUGUUCUUCCUCCACCAAUUGACCAAUUCAACUUGAAGAGAAAGGAACAGUAUGUAUGUACACCAGACCUGAAGGACACUGUCAUGUCAAAGAGACACGUGAUGAGAUCAUUAAUGACGUCACACUUGUGGAUGUUCUUUUGAUGGACUGAACGGUGCUGAGAAACAAACACUGGAGGGUUUUCAAAUUCGUUGUGCUGAACCGUUAAACCUGGUAGUAGACAGUAUUUUUUUCGACUGUCCACCAAUGAGUAUGUCUGUAUGUGAGCGUGUGUGAGCGGGCGGGUGUGUGUGCAUGUGUUUUUGUGUUAUUGUUAUAAUUUGUAUGGGGUAAUUCUCUGUGCAGGGGGGUUGAACAAACCCACCACCUUAUUUCCUGUGUGAGGAACACUAAGAGUAUUUAUUAAAAUAAUUGUUACAAGCAGUGA